AUGGCCUCGGUUUCUUUCAAGUCACCUUCCCUACUCUUUGUUUCCAAAGUCCAUGUCUCCGUGACGUUAACCCAAGAUGCCUCUGCUUGCCAAGAAGCCUAUGGACCGUUUGGGUAUCAUGUUUGGUUGUAUUGGAAAGCUAGUUUGGAGUCACCAAAGAAGGUGUUGUUCAUGAAAUAUGAGGAUAUGAAAAAGGAGCCUUUGGUUUGUGUGAGGAAAUUGGCAGAGUUCUUGGGGUUGGAACGUCCUUUUAGCAGUUCUGAUUACUUCAGGAAAGAUCUAGUUGGAGAUUGGGUAAACCAUUUGACACCUGAAAUGGCUGAGAUAUUAGAUCGGAUUACAAAAGAAAAGUUCCAAGGUACUGGUUUGAGCUUUCAAUGA